GUCGCGCGGGCAUCGUUAUAUCACGUUAAUUAAUUGACACCACGGCCGUCUCCUGGGCACCAGGUGAGCGGUCCCUGCGUGGAGCUCCGAGAAAGGCAAUCUCUCUCUCUCUCUCUCUCUCCCCGCUUCUCAGGAAACCCUAAUCCUCGAACCUCCUGCCUCAAGGAUGCCGUCCAAAUCCAAGUCAUCGAAGCGCCAUCCCUCCUCCGACCCUCCCGAACCCAAAUCCCACCCAAAUCCAACAUCCUCGAAUCCAAUCCUAGAUCCGGCCGCCCCCACUCCCUCCAAAAACCCUAACCCUAGAUCCUCCAAACCCACCAAACCCUCCUCCUCCACCCCGGCCCUUCCCCAAUCCCCCUCCAAACCGUCUGACACCAUGAUGCCCGACGACUCCUCUGCCGCCUCCCCCUCCCGCAAGAGCGACCGCAAGCGCAAGGCCCGCGACUUAUCCGACGACGAGCUCCCCGCCGCCAAGAGCCCCCAGCCUGGCCAGCGCCGCCUCGCCGACGACAACGCCGUCGCCCUUCUCCGUGCCGCCAUCGACUUCCGCUCCCGCACCGGAUCCAUCCCGCUCGCCUCCCACAUGUCUGCCUUCUACGACUCCGCGAAGGCCUCCCUUCUCACCCCCCUCACCAAGGAUCAGGUCUACAACAAGCUCCGCCACCUCCGCCAGAAGUUCCAGAAGGCCGGCCCCCCGGGCUCGGGCCCCAACGAUGGCCUCGUCCACGAGCUCUGCGCCGAACUCUGGGGCGGCGAGGACAACAAGGAUGUUAGCAAGGAUCGAAAGAAGGCCAAUAAAGGCACCCUGGUGGUGGCCGUCGAGAAUGGGGUUGCAGCAGACGAGGAGGAGGAGGAGCCGGAGGAAGAGGUGGACGGGGAGGAGCGUGGAGGUGGCGGUCCGGAUUCCUUGCCGUAUGUGAGCAGUGCGGCGGCGGAGCACUGGAAGGCGAACGGGCUGUGUGGUGUGUCGUGGGAGGUGGGCUUGAAGCGGAUGGAUUCCUCCAAGGCGAGAUCUUUGGAGGAGAAAUGGAGGAGGCGCUGGGCGACGAGAUGAGGCUCCAGAUGGAUUGGUGCAAGACGAGCAGGGAGAUUCUGGCUUUGCUGAAUGAUGCAUACAAGCUUAUGAGUGCGUAAAAAAAGAGGUCCUUUUUUUUGAUGAAUGAAUUUAGUGGGUUUGGACAAAUGUGACCAUUUUGGAGGUUUGAUUGUCAUUUUGUUCGAGUAGAUUAGGUAAUGCUGAUAUGGUUAAACAGAUUGGUUUAUCAUGUUCCCCCCUAUGUUAUGCUGUUGAUGUUACUCCAAUGUAAUUAUGCUCUUGAAAAAUCUUCUCUCAUGCUCUGAAUUCUAUUUUUUGCUUGACUUUGUGGUGA